GGGGCGGGGCGGGGGCAGGGGCUGGCGGCUGGCCCUGCGGGCUGCACGGUCCAUGCAAACGGCCCUGGGCAGCAUCCUUCCCCAGCAGCAAGGCAAGGCGACAGGAAGCCCCGCCCUGGCCGUGCAGGAAGCCUCAGCCGGGAGAGGAGGCGGCCCGGCCGCUGCGCUUGAGGACGCUGCCCAGCUCCCUCUGGCAGGAGGCUGUAGGCCGUGGUGCCCUCACAGAAACCCUGGAGGAAGCUCCUGUCCUGUCAUCCUGCAUCCCCCGCCGCUGCUCCCUGACGAACACCCCUCCACUCUGCUCCACCCCACGGGCUCUGCGCGCCUCCAGCUGUUUCACUACCAGCCCCGGCUCUGCGGGCCCCCCAGCUACUGUGCCUUGAGCCUCAGCUCCUCCGCCAGCCUCCAGGACAUCUACACCGGUCACCCGCGUGUCCCUCCGAUGUCCAGUGCUAUCUCCUGCUGGCCAGGGCUGUGCCCUCCCACCCGGAAUAUUCACGCCCCACUUUCUUGCUACCCAAAUGCCGACCGUCUUCCUCCUUUUAGGGUUCCCAUUCUCUGCUUCCUCCAGGAGGCCCUCGCUGGCCACCAGCUCAGCCUGAGCUCUCUUUUCUCUCAGCUCCUGCAGGUUUGGGUCUCGGCCCAAGUGUACGUGCAGCGUGUGACAGAGUAGCCCUCCACAUAUGCUCCUCAGACUGCUGCCCGCUCUUACGCCUGCCACUCGCACGGGUUUGCCCGUGAGGCAGAGGAGCGCUGCGAAGAGAACAAAGAUUUCAUGCCUGUGAGACUUUGGGAAUGUCAAAGAGGGGACAGGAGCACUGCCACCACUGCCACCCACCAUGACAUGCUUCUCUACUGAGCCUGAAUCUAGCCUCGGAGGCUUUCUUAACACAGUUCUCAAAGCAGCUACUUACUGACAAAUCAGAGUUGGCAUAAGAGAAUAAAAGCGUUUGUCCUCUGUGAGUCACA